AUGUUUUGUCCAAUUAUUGAAACCAACUACGGUCCAGUCCGUGGAUUGCAUCUCAAAACUUGCUACAACAAGCCGUACAACGCUUUUUAUGGCAUUCCGUAUGCCGAAAAGCCUUUUGGAAAAUUUCGUUUCAAAUCACCACGACCCUUGUCGAAAUGGGAAAAAGUCUUGGAUGCCACAAAACCCCGAGAUUCGUGCUGGCUCUUCGACAAACUCAAUCCAACGGUGAAAAAAGUGAUCGGGAGUGACGAUUGUCUGCAUCUCAACAUUUACACGCCUGAGUUGGAAACACCGCGAAAGUUGCCUGUUGUCAUUUACUUCCACGGAGGACGAUACCAAACGAUGUCUGGGCAUCCUUUUUACUACGGACCCGAUUAUUUGCUCGAACAAAAUGUCAUUGUUGUGACUUUUAACUUCCGGAUGGGUGCUUUUGGGUUUUUAUCGUUGAAAGACGAGACACUGGAAGUGCCUGGAAAUGCCGGAAUGAAAGAUCAGGUGAUGGCGUUGCGAUGGAUUAAGGAGAAUAUUUCGUAUUUUGGCGGAAAUUCGGAUUGCAUCACGAUUGUGGGACACAGUUCGGGCGCUUCGUCAGUUCAUUACCAUCUUUUGAGUGAAAUGUCACGAAAUUUAUUCACUCGGGCGAUAAUUAUGUCGGGAUCAGCGUUCGUUCCAUGGGCUACGAUACCAGAUUCGGACUUUGCUUAUCGUUUGGCGAAGGCGUUGGGAUAUCAAGGCACGUCAGAAGACGAAAAAUCCAUACUGGAAUUCCUGAAAAAUGCAAAUCCCGAAGAAAUUGUCAUGAAUCAAGAAGCAAUUUGUACCGCGGAGGAACGAAAAAAGGGACAACUCAUCGCUUUUGGUCCCGUUAUCGAGCCUUACAUCAAAAACGGCGACACCUUCAUCCCCAAAAGUCCCUUUUUGAUGACUCGCAAUGCUUGGGGCAACUCCGUCGACGUCAUGAUUGGCGGUUGUUCCGACGAAGGACUCCUUUUGUACGUCAAUUUCACGCCUGCCAUCCUCAAAUCUCUCGGAAAUUUCGAAAAUAUUGUCGCCUUAUCGGCAAAUUUGGACCCAAACUCGCAAGAAUGCAUCGCUAAAGGCUUAAAAAUCAAGAAAACCUACUUUGGUGAUGUGAAUGCUAAACCAAAAGACGUCGACACGUACUUCCAAAUGCUCGGGCACAGCACUUUUUGGCACGGAAUGUGGUUGACGGUCCAAUCGCGACGAAAACUCAAAGCAGGAAAGACGUUUUUGUAUCGAUUUGAUGUCGAACCGACCACAAAUACGACUGUGAGGAAGGCUUUUCAUGUGCCGCACAUGCGAAAAGCGAGUCACAUCGAAGAUACUUUUUACAUUUUUAAGGCGGGUUAUUUGGCGGCACACGAAAAGGGCUCGGAAGAGUACAAGACGAUGCAGGUGAUGACGGAAAGUUUUGCGGCGUUUGCGAGAAAUGGAAAUCCGAAUGGGAAGAGGCUUAAAAAUGUCACGUGGGAGGCAGUUGCGGAAGAAGGCGACGUGAAAUGCUUUAAUAUUGCGAACGGGAAUGAACUUUCCUUUGUAACGUUGCCUGAAACGCCUUUUAUGGAGGUUUGGGAUGAGAUUUGUGAACACAAGUUUUAA